GUUUGUUCUCCGUCUACAAGGCGCGUGCGUUGUAACUUUAGACCUCGCUGGAGUCCGCGUGAAGCAUUCUUGAAUUCGGCUGCCACCUUAGCGCGCGCAGAAGCAGCAUUGGAGCAAUUACUUCCGCAGUCGAGGAAACCGAGGCGGAAGUCAACAAAGACCUCAGCUUGUUGUGUCCCUGCGCUGAGCGGCCAGAAUGGCGGAGGAGGAGGACGAGGCCGGAUACGACGAGGAGUUGGACGACGGGUCCGGCGGAGUGGACGUCGGCGGCCACGGGAAGAGGAAGAGGCUCUUCUCCAAGGAGCUCCGGUGCAUGAUGUACGGUUUCGGGGACGACCAGAACCCGUACACGGAGUCCGUCGACAUCCUGGAGGACCUGGUGAUCGAGUUCAUCACGGAGAUGACCCACAAAGCCAUGUCCAUCGGGCGCCAGGGCCGUGUGCAGGUGGAGGACAUCGUUUUCCUCAUCCGCAAGGACCCCAGGAAGUUCGCCAGAGUCAAAGACCUGCUGACCAUGAACGAAGAGCUGAAGAGAGCCCGCAAAGCUUUCGACGAAGCGAAUUAUGGCUCAUAACACCACCCCUCUUUUUUUUCUUCUUUUUUUUUUUAAUUGUUAAACUAAAUAGUUAAAUUGCAAACAUCUGUUAUUGAGGGGGUUGAUUUGCCGUUAGUGAUGGUGUCUGGGACUGUCAAUAAAAGUCUCAUAUUGGUUUAACA